AUGUCAACCAUCACCCGCGCAUUCACCAAGCGCCACAAGCGUCCCGAGGUUUCAGCGCCCAUGCCCUAUCGCGAGGGCCAAGUCAAGUUCAACUCGGGCACUAUCAAACGAGGAAAUAUCUCUGCACCCGUGGAACUGUUGUCAACGACGAACAUGUUGGCCUACAACGCACCCGAUCUCCACUCGGCCAGUUCGUCGUCAAAUUCCUCGCUGCAAUCUGCCGAUGAGUCGGAGAUGUCCUUUGCGCACCAGAGUUUUGGCUCUGCGAUUACUACGCCCGAUGAUUCACCCGUCGAAUCCCACCCUAUGCAGUCAUAUUUCCCCAAGCGAUCGGCUACCGUGACGAGCCACCUUCGUUCAUCAACAUCGACAACGUCAUCUUCUACGGAGACCCCGCUGGUACCCAAGCGAGCCCUGUCUCACACGAAACGGUCGCAUCAAGAACUGGCUCGCCAACGCUCCUUGUCCCGAAUGUCGCCGCCUCCGUUGAACUCCAGUCGCAGCCGUCCUGCCCCUCCACCGACACAGGACCUUUUCCAACCCGAACCCCAUCCCUUUGGGAAGGAGUUGGAGCAGGUCAACGAGGUCGUGGAGGAGUUUGGCGGGGAAAGAUGUGUGUUGGAUGAUGAGGAGUUGCUUUUGCUGAAUAAGGGACUGAAGAAGUUCACGGUGGACGAGUACCUGGUGGAAAUUGAAGACCUCUACGGUAGCAUCUUCGACGAUCAUCUUGGACCCAUCAGCUCUGGCUCAUGGCUAUGA